UUCAUCAGUUUUAAAAUGUUGCUGUUCCAAAGUGUACACAUUUUUAUAUUUUUGCUUUUAAUUUGUAAAUCCAAAAUCACGGUAAAUGGGAUAUAUCACAAAGAGUUCCUUAUAAGUGAGUCAGCCAAAAUGGAUUUAAUGCAGUUGGACACGGAACUGAUCGGCAAUCUAGAGAGAUAUGCUGAGCAAGUUGAGGACAAGGUUGCGAGACUACAGAGAAUUGUUCAGGAGCUAAGACAGCCUCUGGAGGCUGCAAAAGGCAUAGAAGAGGAGUACCUGGGCAAUCCUCUACACAGUUUUCCACUCAUUCGGCACAUGUACCAGGAUUGGCGGUAUAUAGAGGAGUUUAUGAAUAAGACAGUGGGAGAAGAACAAAUUGAUUUUCUAAGAAAGAAACUACCAGAACUGCCCUGGCAGGCGGAUACCGAGGAAGCCACCGUGGCCAUGAUCCGAAUGGCGGAGACCUAUGGAGCGAAGCCCUGGGAGAUGGCUCAAGGUCUCAUCGACAACGUGGCCUUCAAUACCACACUUUCAGCUCUGGACUGCUUUGAAAUCGCAAAGAUGUACUUCAAGUGGGGUUACUUUGUGGAGGCCCAUCAUUGGUUGGUCAACACUAAGUCUCUACUGUACACGGAGUACUCAGCAUCUUAUGAGGUGCUGGGAUUGAAUGAAAAGGAUGUGGCAUUGCUGCAGGCCCGCUGUUUAAUGGAAUUGGAUCUAAAGAAAGAAGCUAAAGAUGUUCUGCUGGCCCAUCCCGACCUUGCGGAGAAUUCGACCAACUUACUUAACCAAUUCGAGGCCAUUCCUUACAGGGCAGUAGAUUCAUCGCUCUUUUUGACUGAAGACUACAAAAGACUGUGCCGUUCUUCGUUCUCUCCGAAACCUUCCAGGCUCCACUGUCGCUACAACUCCACCACCUCGCCCUUUCUGAUCUUGGCUCCCCUCAAGAUGGAGGAGAUCUCCCUGGAACCCUAUAUGGUUUUAUACCAUGACAUCCUACCAGAUAAGGACAUUAAGCAGUUGAUAAUGCUGGCGGAGCCACAACUAAAGGCAACCGAAGUAUUUAAGGAACAUGGUGCCACAAGAGCUAGCGAACACACCUCCUUGGGAACCUUUCUACCCUUCAAGGACAUGGACCCAUCUGGGGAACCCCUGUUGGAUCGACUGACCCAGAGAAUGCGCGAUAUUACCGGCAUGAAACUGUCUGACAGAUAUCCCGACGCUAACUUUGUUAAGUACGGAUUCGGGGGUCACUACAGUUCACACUAUGAUUUUUUCAACGCGUCGAACUCGGAUACCGAAGGUCGUGGUGAUCGGAUUGCCACCGUUAUCUUCUAUUUAAAUGAUGCACCUUUCGGUGGAGCCACUGUUUUUCCACGCCUAAAUAUUAAAAUACCUGCGGAAAAAGGUAAAGUUCUGUUCUGGUAUAAUAUGAAUGGGGAAACACACCAUGUGGAUCCCAACACAUUACACGCCGAUUGCCCCGUCUUUUAUGGCUCCAAAUGGGCAAUGGCAGCCUGGAUCCACGAGUGGGAUCAGAUGUUCAUCCAACCCAUAUACCGAGAAAAAUAA